CUCCCCAGGGGCAGAUCCCUCCCCCCCGCCCAAAUGAGAAUAUGUCCCAAUCAUCCUUGUACAAUCAAAAUGCUAAAUUGGGAUACUCAACUGUUGCAAUUAACCAUGUCAUUGAUUUUAAAGAAAAGAAACAGGAAAUUCCUAAACCAAUCUCUCCUUCAGAACUGCUUCCAUCUUUGCCUAUAAUACCGGGAAAAUUGAAACCAAUUAAAAUUGUAACCCGACUAACGCUUGUAGUUUCUGAUCCUUCUCACUGCAACGUGUUGAGAGCAACAUCUUCAAAUAUAAGGUUAUAUGACAUCAUAGCAGUGUUUCCAAAGACAGAGAAACUAUUUCAUGUCGCUUGCACAAAUUUAGAUGUGGAUCUCAUCUGCAUAAGCGUAACAGAAAAGCUGCCAUUCUACUUCCGAAGACCGCCUGUUAACAUGGCAAUAGAUCGAGGCAUUUACUUUGAAGUCCUUUACACCCCAGCCAUCAAAGACUCCACAAUGAGAAGAUACACAAUUUCAAAUGCACUCAGUCUGGUGCAGAUCUGCAAAGGAAAGAAUGUAAUUAUAUCUAGUGCGGCUGAACGGCCUUUAGAACUGCGAGGUCCUUAUGAUGUAGCUAAUCUAGGCUUAUUGUUUGGCCUGUCUGAAAGUGAUGCCAAGGCAGCUGUUUCAACCAACUGCAGAGCCAUCCUUCUCCAUGGAGAAACCAGGAAGACAGCCUGUGGUGUGGUAUACACCAUGAAGAAACCUCAACCAGUUGAGGAGGAAGAAGAGACCCUUCCAGCAUGCAAAAGAGCCAAGACUCAAGUAUGAGGAUCAAAACCAGAAGGCACUUCCUCUCGCCUUCCUCUCAAUCCCUUCCUGGAUUCACUACUUCACUGUUCAGAAUGGAGUAUUUCCAUUUUUAUAUAUGUGUUUAAGUAAAAGAGAUGCAGGAAUAGGGCUGAUAUAUUAACAAUGCUUCACAAAAGCCAAAAGCUCUUUUUUUUGGUUUCAGACGGCUAAGCUGCUUUGCCUGUUUAUUAGAGCCAUGGUCUACUCCCAACCCUAUCCUCAGUCAUGGGGGUAAGAAAUGUUGCAGUAUUAGAAUUUAAAAAUGUUACUACAAGUUGUAUGACUUUGUUUCUUUCUAUAUUGAAAUAAUUUUCCAAUGAGCCCUUUUAAAAACCUGGCUGGUACUUCUCUUUGAGGCUUAAGAAGUUUCCAUAUACUUCAUCUUACAACUGCAAUUUGAUACAGCCUGCUCCUGGAGCUGGUCUCUGAAAGACAGUUGCACAGUGCAAAAUAGCACUGCCUAAUUUUGCAUCAUUAUGAUCAUCAGCUGAAAAGGACAUUCCAACAUCUCUGAAUUGCAAAGAAAUCUAAGUUCAUGUUACAAUAGUCUGUAAUGUCCUGUGCUUUAUUUGGUAGGCGUGCUGAAAAUUUAUAAUUUGGGGUGAUAGGUGCAUACAGCAGAUGGACUGCAAGGACCCAAAGUAACACCGUGUGAUCAGUAUGAUGAGCCACUACAGCAGUACGACAGCUAUCUCAUCUAAGCAACCUCCACCUUAUCCAAAAAAGGCAAAGCUAAAUAAGACCGUAUGUCAGGAUCAGUAUGUAUGCAAGAGUGUCCAUUCUGCUACCCGCUUCCUUCCUCUAGUCCUUUCCCCUGUCCUGCUGCCUGCAAAUUGCAGUUCUCUUCUAAUCAGUUCUCUCCUGCUGCCAGUCUUUUUUUAGGACUCUUUCAAGUCCUGGUUAAAGCUUUAAAUUUUAUAAGUCAUAUACAAGCUCGUAAUGGGCUCUUGGACUCAUGGGCUGCAAACAGUGACUUUCUCAGGCAACAAGGUGAGAAAUGCAAGUAAUAGUAUGUAAGUGAUUGCAGAAAUCUUUUUGCAGUUGAUCCUCAGUGUGACUCAGGGCUGAACUGAGCAGAAUUGUUUUAAAGCAAAAGUCAGUCUUACUAAUACUUUAGGCAAUGGCCGGCAAUACUCACUGUAAGAUUUUUACUUUGAGGUGCAUAGGAUAGAAUAUUUGCCUUUAUUAUUGUCACUUCUGAGUUUUGUGAUCAAGUUCAUUUCAUCUGUCGCAGGAUGUAGCUGAUAAUCGGGGAACCUGGUUUUCUCUGAUGAAAAAAAUGCCCAAUUUUUGGAUUUUAAAAAAGU